AUGCGGCCUAUUUUGCUCUCCGGCCAUGAACGGUCCCUGAACCAAAUCAAGUUCAACCGCGAUGGCGAUCUUAUCUUCUCCGUGGCUAAGGAUAAAAUUGUGUGCGCCUGGUGGUCGGCCAACGGCGAGCGACUCGGUACCUACAACGGACACCAGGGUGCUAUCUGGACGGUCGAUGUGAGCCCGAACACUCAGAUUCUGGCAACCGGUUCGGCAGACAACACCGUGCGACUAUGGAACGUGAAGACCGGCGAGUGCAUCAAGGUGUGGGACUUCCCUACGGCCGUCAAGCGGGUCGAGUUCACCCCCGAUGGAAGCAGACUCUUGGCUGUGACGGAGAAGCGUAUGGGUUUCUUGGGUACCAUUGCGGUGUUGGACAUCAACUACGGCGAGAACUUGACGGAACAGGCUGAGGAGCCUAGCUUGCGCAUCACCUGCACAGAGAGCAAGGCAACGGUUGCCGGCUGGAGUUACAUGGGCAAGUACAUCAUUGCUGGUCACGAAGACGGCAGUGUCAGCCAGUACGAUGGAAAGACCGGUGAGCAGCUGGAGAACGUCCAGGCCCACGAGUUCGACCACCAGAUCAACGACAUCCAGUUCUCCCCCGACCGCACCUACUUCAUCACUGCCUCCAAGGACAAGUCCGCCAAGCUCAUGUCUACCCGUAACCUCGCCAUCCUCAAAACCUACGUUGCCGACACUCCCCUGAACAGCGCCACCAUUACGCCCAAGAAGGACUACGUGAUCCUGGGAGGUGGUCAGGCCGCCAUGGAUGUCACCACGACCUCUGCCCGUCAGGGUAAGUUCGAGGCUCGUUUCUACCACAAGGUCUUCGAGGACGAGAUCGGCCGUGUCCGCGGUCACUUCGGUCCCCUCAACACUGUUCACAUCCACCCCGCCGGUACUGCCUACGCCUCUGGUGGUGAGGACGGUUACGUUCGUGUGCACCACUUCGACAAGCCCUACUUCGACUUCAUGUACGAGGUUGAGCGCGAGCAGCUGAGGAAGUGA